AUGGUAUCAGCGUCGAAGGCUGCACGUCAGGCCAAGCGUGCUGCGGAGGGAAAAGAUGACAAAAAGAAGUCCGCCACAUCGAGACUGUCGUCUAAAGUCAACUCAAAAAACGCCUCUGAAGCCUCAUCGGUGAAUGGGGAAGAAGAAUAUGUCCCCGAAGAGUCGGCAACCUCCGCAGCCAAGCUAUCCGAUGUCAAGAAGUUGACUUCUCAGGUAGACAAAUUUGGCUUGUCGGAUCGUGUGACGACUGGUGUCCUUGCAUCCCUUCCCUCCAGCCGUGAUGUCAAGAUCAACUCCGCGUCCCUCGUGUUCCACGGCAGGGUGCUCAUUACCGAUACAAUCCUCGAGCUUACUUAUGGCCGACGAUACGGCCUCUUGGGUGAAAACGGUUGCGGAAAGUCGACAUUGAUGAAGGCCAUUGAUAAGCGCGAGUUUCCUAUUCCCGAACACAUCGACAUUUAUCUAUUGAAUGAAGGUGCGCCUCCAAGUGAUCUGGGAGCUCUUGAGUGGGUUGUCAGGGAGGCAGAGAACGAAAUGAACAGGUUGGAUAAAUUAGCAGAGGAGAUUUUGGAAAAAGAGGGACCGGAGAAUCCUAUCCUUGAGGACCUGUAUGAGCGUAUGGAAACUAUGGACCCUUCAACUUUCCACACGAGAGCAUCCCUUAUUUUAACUGGUCUGGGGUUUAAUAAAAAUACCAUUAAAAAGAAGACAAAGGAUAUGUCCGGUGGAUGGAGAAUGCGUGUGGCUUUGGCCAAGGCUCUUUUCGUCAAACCAUCUCUACUCCUUCUCGAUGACCCCACAGCCCAUUUGGAUCUCGAAGCUUGUGUGUGGUUGGAAGAGUACCUGAAGAAAUGGGAUCGCACUCUCGUCCUUGUUUCCCACAGCAUGGACUUCUUGAACGGAGUUUGCACCAACAUGAUUGACAUGCGGCAAAACAAGCUCAUCUACUACGGUGGUAACUACGAUGUUUACCACAAGGUUCGCCAUGACCAGGAAGUCAAUCAGAUGAAGGCCUAUCACAAGCAGCAAGAAGAAAUCGCCCACAUCAAGAAAUUCAUCGCAUCCGCUGGUACAUAUGCUAAUCUUGUCCGACAAGCUAAAUCCCGCCAGAAGAUCCUCGACAAAAUGGAGGCAGACGGUUUUAUCCAACCUGUCGUCCCAGACAAGAUCUUCACAUUCCGUUUCGCAGAUGUCGAGAAGCUUCCGCCCCCAGUUCUCUCAUUUGAUGACGUCACAUUCUCCUAUAGCGGAAAGCCAGAAGACAACCUCUACGAGAACCUCGACUUUGGUGUGGAUAUGGACUCCAGAACCGCCCUUGUCGGACCAAAUGGCGUUGGAAAAUCAACCCUACUCCGCAUCAUGACAGGCAAACUCAGCCCCACCGGCGGCAGAGUCUCACGGCACACCCACUUGAAGCUUGGAAUGUACAGCCAGCACUCCGCAGAGCAGCUCGACCUCAGCAAAUCCGCUCUCGAAUUCGUCCGUGACAGAUACCCGGAGAAGAGUCAAGAUUACCAAUACUGGCGCCAACAGCUGGGCCGAUACGGAUUGAGUGGUGAAGCACAAACAGCCCUCAUGGGUACUCUCUCAGAGGGCCAGAAGAGUAGAAUCGUCUUCGCACUGCUCGCAAUUGAGGGGCCGAACAUGUUGCUUCUGGACGAACCCACAAACGGUCUCGAUAUACCUACCAUUGAUAGUCUAGCUGACGCUAUCAACGCAUUUAGCGGCGGUGUUAUAGUUGUUUCUCACGAUUUCAGACUCCUGGACAAAAUAGCGAAGGACAUCAUGGUCUGCGAGAAUAAGACAGUUCAUCGAUGGGACGGUUCUAUCGGAGAGUACAAGAACUACCUACGAAAAAAGAUGUUGUCGGCCGGACAAGUUUAG